AUGAAACGUCAACGUGUUGAAAUAGCUUGCGACAAAUGUCGAGGACUAAAAGCCAAGUGCGAUGGAAGACAACCAAUAUGCGGGAGAUGUGAAGGGUACGGUUUUCAGUGUAACUGGUCAAUGCGAAGACGGACAGCAGCUCAAGAAAAGAGGGACGAUGGGGCCGAUCAACUCCUGGAGAAUAGCCCAGCCGCAGCCGUUGAGCAACUGGCGAACUUAGCAUCUUAUCACCAAAUGAUGGAGUCAUAUGAAAUGCUCAUCGAUGAGAUCCGUACUAAGCUUGAUGCGAGCGAUCGACUAGCUCUUGACUUGAAUCUCAGCAACAUUCGACGGCAGAAGCCCAGAGACUUGGCACAUGGACAGCUUCCAAGACAUGGGUCCGAGGGACAUCAACAGCCCAAGCCCUCCAGUGCAACGCCGCCUUCAUAUGUAGGGAAGGUGAGUGAAAUUCACUUCAUACGGGCGGUACAUCGCUGUAUCCAGGGCCCUGAACUGUCUGAGCUCGCAGGAGAACCUGGUUAUGGUUCUCCCGGCUUGUCAGACCACCUCGUCUCGUUGAAUCGCCCACUUCUCCUGCCACCAAAGGAGGAGGCUUACCAGCUUUUGAAUGUUUAUCUUUCCACCAUCCAUAUCGCCUACCCAUUUCUAUCAAGGAAACAGUUACUUGAGGAACUAGAAUCCCUCUGGAACAAAGACUGCGACAAUGUGGAGUAUCAGCCCUGGCGCGCCCUGUUUAGCUUUAUAUUUGCCAUCGGAUCAUAUUAUACAUCCUUCCCUCAUAGGAAAGAAAGUCCUUCUAGCCAACAUUUCCGAUAUUUUCAGCAGGGUCUUUAUUUUUCGUAUGGCAUUGAUUCUAACUGCUCUCUAAUCAGCAUUUGGGUACUGCUUGUGCAAUGCUUCUUCCUACUUGCCAUAUGCCAGACAGACCGUUGCUGGAACACCCUCGGGCUUGCGAUUCGCAUGGGCCAGAGCAUUGGCCUCCACGAAACAUUAACAGAAAGCCGUAGCCAGCAACGGCGGACUUGGUACUCUAUGUACGUUCUGGACCGACUCUUAGCUCUUCAAUUAGGGCGGCCCAUGGCUAUCCACGAGGAAGACUCCCAUGUCGAAUUGCCUUCGUUGCAGGACCAGUCAGCAUUCGCAAUGGAUGCUAAUGAGCACACCUUGGAUGACAUCCACGUAUCAUCCAUGAUGGCGUACUUUCGCGCGGUAGUCUGUUUCUCCUCCAUUGUGAGCCAGGUGAUCCGCGAGCUCUAUCGACCUAGCCAGAUUGACUUGAGACCGGAUCAAAUGUUGCAUAGUGCUUCCAGUCUCGAUCAGCAGCUGGCACAAUGGAAGGAAGGCCUUCCGCGUCACUUACGGUUUGACCGUGGGCAUACCUUUGAAAGAUCUAUUUCGUUUAAACGACAGCGCAACAUGCUCGCUGUGAAGUUUCACCACCUUCGAGCUCUCAUCUAUCGUCCCUUUUUGUGCCUACCUUUGCUCCAGGCUCAUAAUGAAUCAUAUAUGGACCUUCUUAUGCAGCACAAACACGAGAUCUCGCAUGCAGAGUGGGCCUGCAUCUCGGCGGCUCAGGAGACCGCUAAACUCCUGCAUUAUGUUGUAGAUGAGCAAAGCCUCGUGCACGAUUUCCCGUGGUGGCAAAUGAUAUCCUGUCUCAUUUGUGCCAGCUCCAUCUUGUUUGUCGCGGAAGCAUUCUACCGGGACCAUGACCUUCUAGAAGGAAGGACAUCGGCCUCAUGUGUGCGUGAUGACGCUGAAAUCUGCCUUCAAGUGUUCAAAGCUCUAAGUGCCAACUCUGAUGCCGCCAAAAAAGCGGCAGACAUGCUGGAACACUUGUCGCAUUUACGCUUCUCGGCAGUCGUAGCAUCAACAGACGUUCCAUCCAUAUCAGUCUCCGAUAUACCAGCCCCGCUUGUUCCAGGCUGCUGGCCAAGUGAGAUUUCAAAUUCUAUGGAAUGGUCCAUUCAGUUUCUAGACCCUACGACAUUCUCCCGAGGCGAUAGUCAUUUCAACGCUCCUCACCUAUAG